AUGCCGAGCCUCAGGCUAUUAAGAAAAUUCAAUGCUUUUGCACGGUUGCGCGAGCGCGCAAAGGCCGUAAAGGCUACAGAUGGCUACCCUGCACGGCAGGCCGAUGUCGGUGUUAACCCGGCAUAUAAAACAGCACCCGCGGUCGUCCCCAACCAGCGACUGCAUCCACAACCGCCCGGCGCAGCAGUCACCAUUGCCACCGGUAACACCUGUCCAGCUCCCGCUGACAAAACCAUCGUGGUCAACGCCGAGGAUGUUGCCGCAGACGGCGCCGUCGUCGGCACGUCCCAACGACCUCGGCGCGGCUCAUCGCAUGCCAUGCCGCCCGCACCACCCGCAGCACCCGCGAGCAUGCUGGAGGCGCUGCCUGCGGAACUGAGGCUCCAGGUUCUUUCUCACAUAUCCGACCUGUGCGACCUACGGGCGCUGGUUUUCGCGUCUCCCGUGUUUAGCCAGCAAUAUCGUUUGGAUCGGCAACAUUUUCUUGGCCGGGUACUCCUCCGCAGCCUCGGCAGCCUGACGGCUGAGGCCUACGCUGUCCAGGGUUCCUCCACCAUCUAUUCUCGGUCGCCUGGGCCGCUCCCCGCCGAGACAGUAGAACAAUUCAUCCAUAGCUACGUCUCGCGGCCCUUUGCACCACCCGAGCUGAUCCUCCAAGACUGCACCCUGACCGACCUCGCUGAGAUGGCAGCCUUCUACCUGUCUGUCGCUGAACCGCUAUUGCUACAGUGUGCGGCCCUUUUCCUGCAACAGCUCAAUCCUUCGCUCGGGGUGGGCAGCUUAUCUGCUACCGAGAAAACACGACUUCUGCGGGCAUUGUAUCGCUUUCAGUUCUACUGCAACAUCUUCGGCUAG